AGCUGACAAACUAAACAUUACGGACAUCUUGCAAUUUGCAGCGGGUGUCUAGUUUGCUUCAAUGUUUUUAAUAUGACAGAAACGUAAUAAGUGGGUGUAAUCUGGCUAUUUGUCAUCACUCGGGGGUUGUUUUUCUUUUGUUUGUUACACAGUGUACUGUCAUUUUUCCGUAUUUUUUCUAAGUAGUGCGUGACGUCAUGUGAUUGCGUUUUCAUGGAGUACUAGAUUAAGGAUUCUUCCCGAUUAUUUUUCCGAUGAAAACACGCUGAAGACGCCACCAUGAACUACAUAACAAUGAAUAACGCUUUCAUCAAAACGCACACCAAUUUUCUUCCCGAGGCUCAACCUCGGGCUUUGCAUUUACCUUAUAAUUCAGUUACCGAAAACAAUAAUCAAAUAGCCACUAAUGGCGACAAAACCAUCGAGGAGGUGUGGUCCAAGUAUAAUUUCGAUGCGAAUAGUGUAACUACGACGGCGACGGUACAAAAUUUUAACAAGACCUGGGCGACUCAGGAGGAGAGCAACGAGGCGGAGAAAGUGGAGGAGGAGGUGAAGGUGGAGGAUGAUGAGGAAGAGGAGGAGGCGCCCAAAGAAAAGGAGGAGGAAACGUCACCGUCACACCAUGCGAGAAGACCGAUGAAUGCUUUUCUUAUUUUCUGUAAAAAACAUAGGCCGAUAGUUCGAGAGAGAUUUCCGAAUCUGGAAAACCGGGGAGUUACCAGGAUCCUAGGCGAGUGGUGGGCGCUGCUUGACGAGGAUGACAAAGCUCCGUACACCGGCCUAGCUAAAGAGUACAAAGAUGCCUUUUUGUCUGCCAAUCCUGACUUCAAAUGGUACAAACUUCCAGCACCUCCACUCAGAACUCUGAAUGUGAGGCCCACGAGCACCCAUAAAGUCCAAUCACCAGUAUCUAGUCCCACCCAUAGUUUAACAGAAUCUGAAUUUACCCCAGGUAAAUUAGCUGACGAAUCCCAGUUGGGCAGUCUGACGUCAUUGAUGAAUAACAAUUUCACAUCGACGAAAAUCGCCAAAUCAAAUGAAAAUAACAAUAAUAUCGACAAAAACGGCUCGGAUCAAGCCUACGAUUUUUCGCCGAAAAGUCCAGUCAAUUUAAUAAAAACUUCGCUACCUCCUAAACCUUUCAAGAAGAGGACGUUCGAAAGAUGUCCAGACAAUAACAAGAACGUGGUUCGAAACAUAUUACAGAACGACAUAUCUGAGCAGCAACAUGAUGGCUCAAACAUGACAAACCAAGAUCUGAUGGACAAAGUCGUUGAAAAGAUCUUUACUAAACCGGAAGACUUCGAUCGUAAAGAGGUCCGAAAAUCCGGUAGACAAUGUAAAGGCAAACGUUACGAGAAGUUUAUGGUAGAGGGACGUCUGCUGGGUAACAAGCGCGAUGCCAAGCUCACUUCUCAACGGAGUUCCAUUGAAAAUGAGCUCAAUAUCAAGUUAGACAACAAACCUGAACCAGAAACACCAAAUUUAGAUCACACCAUCAAGCGUUUAGCCGAAAGGACCAAUAUGAAAAGCAUCUUAGAAAAUCAGAAGAACGAAGAGAGGGUACGAACGCACUCCGAAAGUCACGAAACGAAUUUCAAUUUAAACCAGAGGAUUAGCAACCUGCCAAGUUUAAGCUAUGACGUGUUUCAUCAGAGGAAGAAAGACAGCAAGAAGAGAAAAAAUAGGAUAAGAACCGACAGCGAAUCGAAAAGUAAGGUUGCCAAACUUGUGAAAAACGAAGAACAGCCGGUAGGUUCCAAGAAAAGGAAAAAUAAACAAAGUAUCACACAUCUGAAGGAAGAGAACGUGGGAUGUGAUCUUUUAGCGUUGGCAACGUUGGCGGAAAUUGCGGCGAACACCGAGAAGAUCAACUCGGAAUGAUCAGGCCCUUUCCACGCUUAAAAGGCUUAAGAAAUUAUUUUUCGCAAUAACUAUGGUAUAUUCCAUGUACAUCGGGUAUUUUAGAUGCAUGUGCCUCAUUAACGUAAAUUCAAAAUGUAAACAGACUCUCACAAAUUCUAUUUGGCAAGCAUUUCAUAUAGCCUUAUUUCCAAGUAUUAGAAUUGUGAUAACCUGUGUAUUUUUUGAAGACUUUUUUUUGUAAAUUACUCGUUAUGUUUGUUGUUAUGUGUUAGCUACUUCUAAUCAUUUAGUAUACCAAAUCGUUAUCAUGUUACAAUUUUAUUAAUUAUAUGUUAAUCUUAACUUUUAAAAAACGCAAUAAUUUUAAUGAGAUUUUUUGUUACGUUGUACGAUCUGAUUAUAUAAUGAUCUUGUGUUUUGGUUAGAGAUUAUUAUAUUAUUGCACUAAUAUUCAUUCUAGUUGAUAAGAAGUAAAAGUACUUCCUUAGUCAUUUUGUACAAUUAUGAACUAGUCUCAUUUUACUGAUAUGUGCUUCAAAAACCAUCGCUUGGCCGAUGACAGUAUUGUUUAAUUUUGUUGCCCGUGGCAGUCUCUCAAUUAUUUCAGUUCAUAAUUGUCCAACUAAAGCGACCAAAUAUAAUAUUUUAAUAAUGUAAGCCUUAUAGUUGUAGUUUUAAGAUGAAGAACUUUAUCCAUAUUAUCAUUUAAUAAGAUUUUAUAAAGAAAUACUUGACUAUGUGAUUGACCAAUUGUUGAUCGAGUUUCGUUUGUAUCAGAGUUUAUUGGAAUUGUAAGGUAUAGACGUGAUGAUUGGAAUGUGAUACUUUAUUUUUCUAUCAUGAAAUGGACAGGGAUAUAAAGAUUUAUUUAUAUGAUUGUAUAGAUUGUGCCUUUUUAUUUAUUUAUAAAGUAUAUUAAAAAUUUAUGCCUUUAGAAAGGUAAAUCAAAUAUGUAUCAAUUUUAAUAAAAUUUAUUACGUAACAUUAUAA